CACACAAGAAGAUCUGUGAAGCUGUAGGCUAGUGGUAGCAUCACAUUUGUUCUUCUUCCUUUGCUUCAGGAGCCAGUUAGAACAUUAGUGUUACCAGGCUCUUUCCUCCAAAGAGAAUCCAGAUUUUGUUCUCAUCCUCAAUUCUCUUCACUCUCUCCCUCUCUCCUUUCCAUCAAAUCGCAAGAUUUGUUUAUAGAAAGCAAACAGUAGCCUCAUUGUCUCUACCUCUGCUUGGCUUCUACCGACAUCAACUGUCCAUUUUGCAGCAAGCAACAGUCUCUUCGGCUGCAUGAGUGUUCCCCUGAGGAACAAUGAGAGAUGGCAGCAACACCACCAAGAAGAGCAAGCUAUCAUGGUCCAAGAGCUUGAUGAGGAAAUGGUUCAACAUCAGGAGCAAGGCCCAUGACUUCCAUGCCGAUGAUGUAGCUGCGAUUGGGAGGAGAGGAGGGGGUGAUGAUGAGUGGAGGGGCAGCAACUUCACCAGGAGGGAGCCUAGCACAGUCAAGAAGAGCAAGACAGAGAGGCCCUCGAGGAGGAGCAAUGAGCACUCGAGGCGAGGCAAGAUCGACCUGGACGCCGCCGAAGCCACCGUGACAUUGGACUAUAGUAGGAUAUUUGUUGCUACAUGGAAUGUUGGUGGCCGUUCCCCGCCAAAUAAUAUGAGCCUUGAGGACUGGCUCCAUGCUGCACCUCCUGCCGACAUCUACGUCCUCGGGUUUCAAGAAAUUGUCCCGUUGAAUGCCGGGAACGUUCUUGGGACAGAGGACAAUGGCCCGGCAAGGAGGUGGGUAUCUCUGGUCAGGAGGACACUGAACAAUUUGCCGGGUACUAGUGGCAGUGGGAGCUUCCGGACACCAUCUCCGGUGCCUGACCCGGUGGUGGAGAUAGAUGACGACUUCGAGGGUUUGUCAUCGAGGCAGAACAAUGCACCAUUCUUUCACCGUCGGUCUUUCCAGGCCGGGCUUAGCCGGAGUUUGAGGAUAGAGGGUGACAUUCUUGCUCCCCAGCCAAGGCUGGAACGGCGGUAUAGCGUCUGUGAACGAGCAAUCUAUGGUCGUAGGCCUAGUGACUACGAGAACAACUACCGGUGGGGUGAAUCCUCUGAUGAUGAGAAUAAUACUGUAGAGUCACCGAGUACUGUGUAUUCGCCAAUGUCAUGUGGAUACGGCAAUGCACCAGCUCUGGACGACGGUCAUAGACGAGAUGGUCAUACUAGAUACUGUCUGGUGGCAAGCAAGCAAAUGGUGGGGUUGUUUCUGAUGAUUUGGGCUCGGAAAGACAUGAGGGAUGACAUAAGAAAUCUGAAGGUUUCUUGUGUUGGGAGAGGACUGAUGGGCUACCUUGGAAAUAAGGGUUCGAUUUCGAUUAGCAUGUCAUUGCACCAAACAAGCUUCUGCUUCGUCUGCAGCCACCUGACUUCAGGACAGAAGGAAGGUGAUGAGCAACGAAGGAACUCGGAUGUACUGGAAAUCCUCAGAAAGACCAGGUUCCCAAUGGUCUAUGGACAGUAUGAGCGUUCACCAGAAAUAAUCUUAGAGCAUGAUCGAAUCAUCUGGCUAGGGGACCUAAACUACCGAAUUGCGCUUUGUUAUCGGUCAGUGAAGGCCCUCGUGGAGAUGCGCAAUUGGAAAGCAUUGCUGGAGAAAGAUCAGCUAAGGAUUGAGCAAAGAGGUGGACGAGUAUUUGUUGGGUGGAACGAGGGGAAUAUAUACUUUCCCCCAACAUACAAGUACUCGAACAAUUCGGACAAGUAUGCCGGUGAUGACAUGAACCAGAAAGAAAAGAAGAGAACUCCUGCAUGGUGCGAUCGUAUUUUAUGGUAUGGAAGAGGCCUUGGUCAACUGUCAUAUGUACGAGGUGAAUCUCGCUUUUCGGACCAUAGGCCAGUCUACAGUAUCUUCAGUGCGGAAGUGGAAUCAAUCAAUCAUAGCCGAAUCCAAAAGAUGAGUUGCUCAAGUUCUCAAUUGGACAUCGAAGAACUGCUACCUUACUCAUAUGGAUACACAGACAUUAACCCAUACGGAUACACCGACCUAAAUUUCUACUGAAAGAGUUCAAGAAUUUCAGUUUUCAGCAUCCUCUGAAUGUUCAAUCCUGUAACUAGAGAUGUAAAGGCUGCGCUGUUGAUGAAGAUCCAAGGAUUUAUUGGACCUAAGCUUCAGGUUCUGAUAAAUCGACUUGCGCUUUGGACAUCUUCAUAAGUGCCCAGAUGGUUUGGAAAAUUUAACUAACCGAGACAAGGUGAGGGCCAUAUUCUCUGAACUCUGAACAAAGUUACAAACUGCAACUAGGGGCAUGGUGGUUUCAAAUUAUUUCACUGACUUCAGAAUAAGCAACCUAGAUGGCCACUUACAGCAAACGGUUCGUUUUUUGGGCAGACAGUACGAUAUUCAAUCAUAAGUCCAGAAGACUUUGGUCAAAGUAAAGAUACUACUGACUAGUGACAGCAACGGCAAGCGUGCACCAAAAUCUUUUUUUUUUAAUCUGUACAUUGUAGGGCAACAUUUUUUCUCUUUUCCCUCUCCUGCUCUCUUCCCUGUUGUCAGACGGUAACGCCAAGCAGUCCUUUGCAUAGUUUAGUUCUCUGUGGGUAUUUUAAAGCUGGAAAAAAGGGCCAUGAAUGCCUGCAUUGUUCAUAUCAUUUCCGUGGAUGGAAAAAGGAUGUAUAGGCCAUCAUUGUCAUGUUUUAU